GCUCCGGGAGGCCCCGCCCGCCAGCGCGGUGCACUUGCCCCGGAGGGCGCCGCCUCGGGCUCGGCUGUCGGUGUCCUGCGCGCGGCCGGCGGACCCGCUGCGCACCCGGCCGCCUGGACGCGCCAGACCCGAAAGUUUUCUCGGGAAGUCGGAGCUCCCGCAGUGGAAACUCGAAGCCCAGCAUGAUUCUGUCCAACACCACGGCCACGACGCCCUUUCUGAACGCGCUGUGGCAGGGGACGGCUCACCAGGGCGGCAACACGUCAGGCCUGGCCCGCAGGUCGCCUGGCGGUGACGACAGCCAGCUGGAGGCACUCUAUAUCCUCAUGGUGCUCGGCUUCUUCGGCUUCUUCACCCUGGGCAUCAUGCUGAGUUACAUCCGCUCCAAGAAGCUGGAGCACUCCCACGACCCGUUCAACGUGUACAUCGAGUCCGACACCUGGCAGGAGAAGGACAAGGCGUACCUCCGCCGGGUUCUGGAGAGCUACAAGGCAUGUUACGUCAUUGAAAACCAGCUGGCCGUAGAGCGGCCCAACGCACACCUUCCCGAGAUAAAACCUCUGUCAUGACCCCGCAGUUGGCUAAAACGGGACAGAUCCCAUUUGACAAUCUGAUCUUUCUAAUCAUGUACCUUUUAUAUUCUUUAUCGGAAGGAUGUAAUUGGGGUUUUUUUUUUUGCUGUUGUAAAGGGUGGAUUCGUAACACCAUUUCUCUAAAAUCACAUUCCUUCUGUAGGGGACCUCCAGCUCUUCCCCAGUGCCUGACCCUGCCUUGUUAGUUUUAGCAGAAUCCCUAAGAUCAUGGCCUCUGAGAUGCUUCCCAGACUCCCUUGCAGCGAGCAAGGUCACGGGAUGAAGUUCUGGCCAGUAGAAGUGGGAGCGGUUCUAGAAAAGGAAGGGGUGUGUCGUGCACUCCCCUCCCCCUCUUCCCAGUGGCUGGGACGUGGAAGACGUAGUGAGCCAGCUUUGACUCUGUCCAGAAGGACACCGUUGGGCGCCUGGGUGGCUCAGUCGGUUAAGCAUCCAGCUUCAGCUCAGCUCACGAUCUCACCGUUCGCUGGUUCAAGCCCCGCGUCGGG